AUGCCCACUCGCCCUUCUUCUCGCUCUAAAAGACACUCUCUCUUCUUCUUCUAUCGGGCAGUUAUCUGGAAAGCUGGUCGUAAGUCCGGAUUGGUCGUUAAACGGGCGUCUGAUGCCCACCACACCUAUACCCACAUCCCACCGUCCGCCCAAAUAUCCUUCCCACCGCCAAGUCCCAAGUCUCGUAGAACGUUUUGUUUUUCCAUCAAACUGUUUACAGACUCUUCCAGUUUUGUGGAUGUUUUCAGCCCUCGGGGGAAAAAGCAGUUUUUCUACUCAGAUUUCUCCUUCCCGAACGCUCCACCGGCUUUCGGGCUCUCCCACUCUCCUAGCUCUCCUUAUUCUGUUUACUCUCCUUUCCUUUUCCCGCCAUUUAUUAUCGCCCCCAUCGCUCCAACGGCGAGACAACUGACAACAAUGAGCGAUCAGAGACGAGAGGCGCCCGCGGGGCUUGUCGUUAAAUGGGCGUUUUCUACCCACCGCACCCACUAUCCGCUUAAAUACCCCUUCAUAUACCCAAGUUCCCAGUCGCGUAGAACGUUUUACUUUUCUAUCAAAUUAGUAACAAUAUUUACAACUUAUUCAAAAGAGAAUAAUUAUAUUUACCUCUGUCUGUUCAUAUCUAUCUAUCUAUCUAUCUAUCUAUCUAUCUAUCUAUCUAUCUAUCUAUCAGUCUGUUCAUAUCUAUCUAUCUAUCUAUCUAUCUAUCUUAGUCUGUUCAUAUCUAUCUAUCUAUCUAUCUAUCUGUUCAUAUCUAUCUAUCUAUCUAUCUUAGUCUGUUCAUAUCUAUCUAUCUAUUUAUUUGUCAGUCUGUUCACAUCUAUCUAUCUAUCUAUCAUCUGUUCAUAUCUAUCUAUCUAUUUAUUUGUCAGUCUGUUCACAUCUAUCUAUCUAUCUAUCUAUGUAUCUAUCUAUCUAUUUAUGUUAGUCUGUUCAUAUCUAUCUAUCUAUCUAUCUAUCUAUCUAUCUAUCAGUCUGUUCGUAUCUAUCUAUCUAUCUGUUCAUAUCUAUCUAUCUAUCUAUCUAUCUAUCUAUCUUAGUCUGUUCAUAUCUAUCUAUCUAUCUAUCUAUCUAUCUAUCUAUCUAUCAGUCUGUUCGUAUGUAUCUAUCUAUCUUAGUCUGUUCGUAUCUAUCUAUCUAUCUAUCUAUCUAUCUAUCUAUCUAUCUAUCUAUCAGUCUGUUCGUAUGUAUCUAUCUAUCUAUCUAUCUAUCUUAGUCUGUUCAUAUCUAUCUAUCUAUCUUAGUCUGUUCAUAUCUAUCUAUCUAUCAACUGAAAGAGGCUCUUUUUUUUCUCAAUUUGGACCCGGCUUUGCGACUCUUUUUUUCUCAAUUUGGACCCGGCUCUACGGCUUUUUUUUUCUCAAUUUGGACCCGGCUUUGCGGCUCUUUUUUUUCAUUUUGCACCCGGCUCUACGGCUCCUUCUUUCUCAUUUUGCACCCGGCUCUGCGGCUCUUUUUUUCUCAAUUUGGACCCGGCUUUGCGGCUCUUUUUUUCUCAAUUUGGAUCCGGCUUUGCGGCUCUUUUUUUCUAAAUUUGGACCCGGCUCUGCGGCUCUUUUUUUCUCAUUUAGCACCCGGCUCUACGGCUCUUUUUUCUCAUUUUGCACCCGGCUCUACGGCUCUUUUUUUUUCAAUUUGGACCCGGCUCUACGGCUCUUUUUUUCUCAAUUUGGACCCGGCUUUGCGGCUCUUUUUUUCUCAUUUUGCACCCGGCUCUGCGGCUCUUUUUUUCUCAUUUUGCACCCGGCUCUGCGGCUCUUUUUUUCUCAAUUUGGACCCGGCUCUGCCGCUCUUUUUUUCUCAAUUUGGACCCGGCUCUGCCGCUCUUUUUUUCUCAAUUUGGACCUGGCUCUGCGGCUCUUUUUUCUAAAUUUGGACCCGGCUCUGAUGCUUUUUUUUUUCAACUUGGACCCGGCUUUGCGACUCUUUUUUCUCAAUUUGGACACGGCUCUACGGCUCUUUUUUUCUCAUUUUGCACCCGGCUCUGCGGCUCUUUUUUUCUAA